AUGACCUCUCUGACAGAGAAAAGCAUUGGUCGAAGCUACAAUGAGUGCAUUGUCCAGGAUAACCUACAUGUCAAGCCUGACUUACCAGCAACCGCCUGCCAGGGCAACCGCAACUGAAUUGUCGCUCAUGCAGGGAGGUUUUCAUUACAGUUUAAAUUGGAACAGGAAGACUAUUUUUGGCCACAGGUCACACUGUGCUGCUCUAAUAACAACAUGGGGAUUGUAUUUUGGACGUUUUCUCUCCUGGCUCUUCCACUGUUGCAGUCUGCCAAGAUCCUGACUAUCUGUCUAAUUGGAGGAAGCCACUACUUGUUAUUAGAUGAAAUUUCUCAUAACUUACACCAGCAUGGCCACGACGUCCGCAUGCUCCUGCAACUGGGCAACCCUCUUAUCACAGGUUUCUCCUAUAAAGGCCGUCCAGACAGUUACCAGAUGAGCACAUGGUCCCUGGGAGACAAGUAUAUUAAAGAAUACAACGGCUGGUUCCUGGAGCAGCAAACAGAGUUUCUGCUAGGAAGGGAUAACUUUCAUAACUUUUUAAACUUCAUGGGGCACCUGUCGUAUCAGUGUGACAAGCUGUUGGGGGACAAAGAGAUGAUAUCGUUCCUCCAGGGGCAAAACUACGACAUCAUCAUCCUUGAUGCUUUUAACCCCUGUUCCUUCAUCCUGGCUCACAGACUUGGUGUGAACUACAUAGCUUUCUAUCCGGGCACUCUGAACGGUCCGCUGUCCAUCGCCCUGCCCAGCCCCGUCUCCUACAUCCCUGUCUUCAGCUCCCGCCUGUCUGACCGCAUGAACCUCUGGGGUCGUGCAAAGAACCUCUUUUAUUCGUUCCUGGCUCCUGUAGGCCAAGAACUUAUAUGGUCGAAAUUUAGGGAAGUAGCUGAUCGCCACCUUGAGUCGGGCUCGCCCCCUGGAGGUCUGGAGGAGCUACACGAAGGAGCUGAACUCUGGGCCUUCAACACCGACUUCUCCUUGGAGUUCCCUCAGCCUCUGCUGCCUUACACUGUGCUGGUGGGGGGUUUGCUGAAUAAACCUGCGAAGCCUCCAGAGCAGGAUCUUGAGAAGUGGAUCUCCGGUUUUGGAGAAGCAGGUUUCAUUGUCGUGACUCUGGGAUCGAUGGUCUCUUCGGUCUCUGUGGACCAGCUACUUGUGGAGCUGGUGGCUGGCUUCUCCAUGAUCCCUCAGGGGGUUCUCUGGAGAUAUGACCCCAAGCGAUGGCCAUCUGACUUGGACAAACCUCCCAAUGUCAAACUAGUGGACUGGCUGCCUCUAAAUGACCUGCUGGGCCACAAAAAGGCACGUCUCUUUAUCACGCACGGUGGACAAAACAGUUUGCUCCAGGCGGUGUACCAUGCUGUUCCUGUGCUGGGAAUUCCUCUGUUUGGGGACCAGUUUGAUAAUGUGGUAAGAGCGGAAACAAAGGGACUUGGCCUGAGCAUCAGCCCCACACACAUCACCAGAGAGCUGCUCAGCUCGGCCGUUCAAACCCUCAUACAGGACACCAGGUUCAAGUCUACGGCUUUGUCCCUAAGCACGAUCCACAAGUCCCAUCCCGUCCCUCCGGCCCUUCGACUCGUCCAGUGGGUGGAUCACAUCCUGCACAGUGGAGGUGGAGCUCAUCUGCAGCCGACCGCACUAUCCCAGCCGUGGUACCAGAGAUACUUGUUGGAUGUGAUCCUUCUACUCUCGCUGGCGCUCACGGGACCUGUAGUUCUCUGCUGGACGUUCUGUAGGAACAUGAUUAGCAGUGGUAAAUAUAAAAAGAUACAAUAGCAGCAGCAAGAUUCACUCCUCAGUGAAGUCACCUGUUUGUCAUGGAAUUACUGUUCUGUACUGUAUCCUAGGAAUUUUUACAAAUUCAUCCUAAAAUGCUGCAAAUGUUCAAUAAAUAAGCCAUGCUUGUUUCAACUGUU